AUGUCGAAGAUCUUUGGAACGGCACGCUGGCUUCUUGGCCUUCCGCCUGCCAAAGCCGUCGAACCUCCCAAGCCUGCAACCGCCUUCCCUCGAUUUCGAGAGCUCCCGACCGAGAUCCGCUGGGCCAUCUGGUUGUAUGCUCUCCCCGCACCGCGAAUCUAUGAGCCAGCGGCUCCAACUGAUUGGCUUUUAACCCCUAUGAAACCAAUCACUUUCCUUCGAACCUUUGCUCCGCCUGUCUUGCGGGAAGUAUGCCAGGAGGCAUAUGAAGUCUGCAUGUCCGAAGGCGAGUUCAGAUUUGGCUGCUUCUUUAGUCACAUGCGAGGCAUCUGGUACAAUGAAGUCAGAGAUGCCAUCUAUUUCGCGUGCGAGAUGCAGCUCGAUCGAACGCACAUAUUCGAAGUGGACACCAUCUAUCUUUCUGCCGACUGUGCUCUCCGGUCCCCAGAUUGCCGAAACUUCCUCAUGUCCAAAAACUUCGACUUUUGCGACAAGCUGGUAAUCGCCCUUUACCCACCAGGUUCCUGGGAUAUGGAUGUGCAAACCCUCAAGGGGACGGAACCAAUCUUUAGAAAGAUCAUGGACUAUGAAAUUAUCGGCGAGCAUGCAUGGGAUACGACUGAUUGCUCCCUGGAACAGAGACGAAAGUGGAAUUCCGCUGUGGACGGGGAUGCGCACAAUAUCAUUUAUUGGCAGAGAGCCAAAGAAGUAAUCUUGGGACUCUUCAAAAUGCGACAGGAGGCGGCGCGUCUGGCGGGCAGGGAACAUUACGAAGAAGAUCUGGAGCUGGAGGCCGUGGAGGUCUUUCGCAAGCCGUUACCCAAAGCUCUGCCGGCUUAA